AUGGCCGUCUAUGCCCUCACGGGCUUCUCGCUCGUCAGCCUACUCAGCUUUGGCUACUUAUCCUGGGACUGGAUGAAGCCCAGUUUGGUGGCUGAUGUGGCCACGGACCCCAUGGAGAAAUCUCUGCCUCCUGCCUUUGCCAGGCCACCCCACAUCAUCUUCAUCCUGACUGAUGACCAGGGCUACCACGAUGUCGGGUAUCACGGCUCGGAUAUCCAGACGCCGACGCUGGACAGGCUGGCAGCGGAGGGCGUGAAGCUGGAGAACUACUACAUCCAGCCCAUCUGCACCCCGUCCCGGAGCCAGCUGAUAACCGGCAGGUACCAGAUCCACACAGGGCUGCAGCACUCCAUCAUCCGCCCUCGGCAGCCCAACUGCCUGCCCCUCGACCAGGUCACCCUGCCACAGAAGCUGCAGGAAGCGGGCUACUCCACACACAUGGUGGGCAAGUGGCACCUUGGCUUCUACAAGAAGGAGUGCCUGCCCACCCGCCGGGGCUUCGACACCUUCCUGGGGUCCCUGACAGGCAACGUGGACUAUUACACCUACGACAACUGCGACGGGCCGGGCGUCUGCGGCUACGACCUGCACGAAGGGGAGGACGUGGCUUGGGACCAGAGCGGGAAGUACUCCACCUUCCUCUAUGCCCAGCGUGUCAGCAAGAUCCUGGCAUCCCACAGCCCUAAGGAGCCCAUCUUCAUCUACGUGGCCUUCCAGGCAGUGCACACGCCCCUGCAGUCGCCCAAGGAGUACAUCUACCGCUACCGCUCCAUGGGCAACGUCGCUCGCCGCAAGUACGCUGCCAUGGUGACCUGCAUGGACGAGGCGGUGAAGAACAUCACCUGGGCCCUCAAGAAGUAUGGUUAUUACGACAACAGCGUGAUCGUGUUCUCCACUGACAACGGCGGGCAGACCUUCUCCGGGGGAAGCAACUGGCCACUACGGGGCCGCAAAGGGACGUACUGGGAAGGGGGAGUCCGUGGCAUCGGGUUUGUCCACAGUCCCCUGAUCAAGCGCAAGCGUCGGACAAGCUGGGCACUGGUUCACAUCACAGACUGGUACCCGACUCUGGUCAGCCUGGCCAGGGGCAACCUGAGCAAUGUGCCAGGCUUGGAUGGCUACGAUGUCUGGCCUGCCAUCAGUGAGGGCAAGGAGUCACCACGUACUGAAAUCCUGCACAACAUCGACCCCUUGUACAACCAUGCCAAGUAUGGCUCCUUGGAGGAUGGCUUUGGCAUCUGGAAUACAGCUGUGCAAGCCUCCAUCCGGGUUGGGGAGUGGAAGCUCCUCACUGGUGACCCAGGGUACAGUGACUGGAUCCCCCCGCAGACCCUGACCAACUUCCCAGGGAGCUGGUGGAACCUGGAGCGUCUCACUGACGGCCUGAGGAAGUCCGUGUGGCUCUUCAACAUCACUGCUGACCCCUACGAGCGCUACGACCUCUCAGAGCAGCGCCCAGAUGUGGUCAGGACCCUCCUGACGAGGUUGGUGCAGUACAACCGGACAGCCAUCCCGGUGCGGUACCCUGCGGAGAACCCCCGGGCUCACCCGGACUUCAAUGGUGGUGCCUGGGGACCUUGGGCCAGCGAGGAUGACGGGGAGGAGUGGGAAGGCAGCCGGGAGCCCCUGAAGAGUAGGAACAAGAAGAAGAAGUGCAAGAUCUGCAAGCUGCGCUCUUUCUUCCGCAAGCUGAACACCAGGCUCAUGUCCAACCGCAUCUGAUGGGAGACUCCCCCAGCAUCGACCCAUCCUGGCCAGGGUGGAACUCUGGACUGCACUGCCAUGGGGUGGGAGUGAGGGAGAAGAACAUGUGGGAAGGUGGC